GUCGGCUGCGCGUGGUCGCCGUCACGUGAUGUGCACGUCUUGUUCGCUUUGUGGCAGAGGCGCCCAGACGCGCUCUCCCUCUGCGCUGUCUCCGCCGUUGCCCGAGCGAAGAGGCUGCCCGCACGCUGUGUCCCGCUGUACCACUGUACGACCAUCCUACCACACCUUCUCUCCGGACACCCCCACCAUGCACCGCUCUGUGUCAGCCAUCUCCGCCCGCCCAGCCACACCCCUCCCACCCCUCCACGAAGACAUGGCAGCAGAAGAACUGCCCGCGCGCUGCGAAAGCAGGAUGUCUCAACGCCCACAGCUGCGACGCACCACCGCGACCUACAAACUCCCAAAACUAUAUGCCUUCGACGAUGACGACGAAGAUGACUUUGACGACGACGCGGACCCCGACUUCUCCUCCGCCCUCCUCGCCCAGCGCUCCUCCUUCACACCACACUACAUGGGAGCAGGUGACGACAACGACGACGACGAUUUUGGCGAGCUCAUUCGCUUCAGACUGGACGACGCGGACGUCGACGCGCCAGACUGGGACCCCUUCCCCCAGCACUCACUCGCGCCCCUUCUACUCCCGCGCGCUAGCGAACAACCUCCUUUGGACGACGUCUUCAGCAUCGACACACCUCCAGCCUACCAUGGCCUUUCCUAUCACAGCCUUGCCCUCACCAAACGCGUAUGGAACACCCGGCGAGCGCAACUGUCCAAACGCCGACCUACAUUCAACCACACCGGCCCGGGAAGCCCCGACCCCUUCACUGCAUACGACGGCAUUGCCGUCCCACCGCACGAGCCCGAUUACCCUCUACCAGAAGACUACGCCGAGCCCGCGGCAGCGACACCCCCGCCCGAGUCGCGCAUCGCCGUCUCGGAUCCGAACGUCCCAAUCUACCCGCGCCUCGGCGACAUGUGCAGCAUCCGCGACGGCCGCGCCGCCUCCGUCGACCGCGCCUUCUGCAACUUUCCACUCUACACCAUCCGCAAGGUCCUCUAUCUCCAUGACAUGCUCCGCCGCGCCGCGGACAGCAGCUGCAGCGAGAGCGAGCAGCGGCGCGGCGCACUGUCGGUGACGCCUGCGUUGGUGUCGGGGAGGGUCACCUGCGCGCCCGUCGACGAGGAGUCUGUCGGCGUGCUCUGCGACCAGUUCCAACGCGCGAUGGUCCUCGACGUGACCUUCCCCGUCAACGCCAAGGGCUGGGCACCUAUGUCCUUUGCGCGCUGGAGGAUCCUCCUCGAGAAGGCUACCGGGAGGCAGGUCCCCUUCAUCGAGGCGGUCGAGACGGAAGUCCUGCAUACGACAAAUGGCUCCGCUGAAGCCGAGGAGCCUAGCGACGCGAUCGAAGAGAGACGGUCCGAGCAGGCUCCGCAGCGACCAAAGACACCGCACUUUUUCCUGUUGGACGAAGAUGACGAAGACGACGAGCCGGGGCCACGCCGGUGCACGGCGAGCGACGACAGCAGCGACGACGAUGGCUGGGACGAGAUCAACCUCGAGAACAGCCCCGGCCGUCGCGCUAUCUCCGCGCCUGUGUUCUUCCUUGACAGACGGGCGAUGCCCAUGUCGAUGAGCCACCACGGCAUCAUGGCGCACUAGCUGCAUGCUACAGUCCGUGCAGCUGGACAACGACCGGUCUCGUCUGUCCGAUGUGCGUAGGCUUGUAGAUACUAUACGACACGAUGUACAUGAACCUGAACAUGAGAGCCACGAGCUGAGACGAUAGUACGUACGAUUGUUAUGAGAUGACGCCCACCUACAUCUAGUGUGUGUAGUGAUAUGAUACCGCAUCCUACAUGUAGCAUACCCUCGUUUUAGUUAUCUUUAUUCCCUU